GCAAGAAGAUCUCCGGGUGGCAGGCGACUCGGCAACGACACUCGGUCCUGAUUCUCGUUUGGACGCAAGUCGUGGCAGCAACCACUCGCGACGAGACGUCUUCACGAAAGGAAGGCACUCACGGUUCCGGUAGGGCAGCUGGCGAGCCUUCAUUGAACCUGGCAGCGGCUCCUCGAUGGAUCCUGCCGACGACGAAAACCUGAGGCAAGCCAAGAAAAAAGUAUUCAGCGGUGGCGGCGGCACGCCCUCCCUGGCGGAUCUGCUGCCCUUUUCGAGCAGCCCCGGCGAAAAGGAGGAGCGGCGCGCCACACUCGUGUUCCUGCUCGUGUUCGCCACCAUGCUCGCCGCCUCCGCGGGCGGCAUGCUGCUCGUGCUGCUCUUGGUGCGUCUGCUGAGCGACAAGGAGUACGGCACCGGAGCCAACUACAGCGUCUACGAAAUAGCGAACCCCGUGAUCGCCAACGGUAGCAGCACAUCCACAAAUGGAGGGUCAUGAGUCUGUCGACGCACGUCCUUCUGCCGACAAGAGAGCGCUUCGGCAGCUGUCGAUCCAGUUUUAUUGUUCGCCAAUCCAUAGUUUUCAAAAAUAUUUAUGUGUACAGCUCUUGUCGUGGUUGAAAGAGU